UUGCGCGGACAGAGUUAACAUGGCGCGUGCGCUCAGCGUCUCGAAAAGGGCCGAAAACAAAAACAACAUCAGCGCCGGGCUUCAUGGCGAUUAAAUCGAACCGUCACCUCUAUUUAUGAUCGUUUUCAGAAUGUUCUACUGAUCUACCACACCUUUGCGAAUCCAGAAAUCUUCAACCCAGAGCCUUUUUGGGCUUUUCCUCAGUCUCAUCCGGAGAGAAGUGGAGUGGCAUGGAGGAUCACAAAAGCCCAGUGAAGGCGCUCAAACCUUCCCGUUCGAACACUGGCAAAGUGUCUUCCUCCAAACCCCAGAGGGAGAGCGCGAAAACCCCCAGCCGAAGCAAAGACGGAGUCCCGAGGGUGAAAGAAGAGGCGGCGGGCAGCAGAACGCGCACUGACAGCUCUCAGGAGCAGGCCAAGGGGAAAACCCGCAGGCUAACAGGCAGAACUAACUCUGGUGAAAGAGGCAAAGGGAAACCCUCGGCCACUGAAGCCCGUCAGCAAACACAAGAGAACAAAACAGCGGUCAGGAACAGCGGGCCGGUCAAAGAUGGAGGAGCAACAGCGGAGGAAAGCUCAACACACAACAAUAACAUCACCACCACUAAAGACAAGAUACCUGGUGUGGAGGCGGGCAGACAGCGGGUGGAGGAGGUGGUGGAGGUGCUGAAUCUGACCUCUGAUCAGCAGCUGGGACUCAAACAGGCGGAGGAGAGACUGCAGAGAGACUACAUACACAGGCUGCUUAAGCCAUCUCCGGAGUAUCCCAAUUUCCAGUAUCUAUGCAAACUGUGUUCAGUCCAUGUGGAAAACAUCCAGGGUGCUCACAAGCACAUUAAAGAGAAACGUCACAAGAAGAACAUCAUGGAGAAGCGGGAGGAGAACGAGUUGCGAGCGCUGCCUGCUCCCUCUCCAGCCCAGUUGAGGGCGUUGGACUCUGCAGUGCUGGAGGCGGCAGAACUGCAUGGCAUCUCAGAGGAAGACUUUGCAUUGAGGCAGACCGUGGUGCUCAGGAUGGAGGGAAUUAUACAAAAACAACUAGCAGCAUGUUCUCUCCGUCUGUACGGCUCCUGUCUCACCCGCUUCGCCUUCAAAACCAGCGACGUGAACAUUGACGUCUCUUACCCCUCCACUAUGACUCAGCCUGAUGUGCUGAUCCAGGUGCUGGAGAUCCUCAAGAACUGUGUUGAGUUUGCAGAGGUGGAGUCUGAUUUUCAUGCCAAAGUCCCUGUUGUUUUCUGCAGAGAUGAGGCCAGUGGGUUAAUGUGUAAAGUGAGCGCAGGAAAUGAUGUCGCGUGCCUCACCACCAAUCACCUCGCGGCUCUGUCCCGACUGGAGCCAAGGCUCGUUCCUCUGGUUCUGGCCUUCCGAUAUUGGGCGAAUCUGUGCCACAUCGACUGUCAAGCGGAAGGAGGAAUCCCAUCGUACUCUCUGUCUCUGAUGGUCAUCUUCUUCCUGCAGCAGAGAUACAAGCCCAUCUUGCCUGUUUAUUUAGGACACUGGAUUAAGGGCUUCGAGGUGAAGCGUGUGGAUGAAUUUCACCUGACCGGUGUGCAGUCUGAGGUGUUUGUGGGAUGGGAACACAGACCUGCUCCUGCAGGCGAAGGCAGAGGAGAUGGAAGAUCCAAACCUGAACCCAAAACACCCAUAGAAAAGAAAGAGAAGAAGCUCGAACAGACUACAGGAAAGUCUCGUCUGAAGCUGGAGGAACCAGUGAGCGCGUCUCUGGGUCAGCUGUGGCUGGAGCUCCUGCGCUUUUACACACUUGAGUUUGCUCUGGAGGAGCACAUAAUCAGCAUCCGUCUGAAGGAACUGCUGCCGCGGGAGCUGAAGAACUGGCCUCGCCGCAGACUCGCUAUAGAGGAUCCGUUUGCACUGAAGAGGAACGUGGCCCGCAGUCUGAACAGUCAGAUGGUGUUCGAGUACAUCCAGGAGCGUUUCCGCACGGCCUACAAGUACUUCGCCUGUCCUCAGAGCAGAAACAGACUGAACACCAGCCGUCGUUUACUGAGGAACAAACACAGACUCAAUGAAACCGCCCGAUCCGACAGCCUGGAGCGGAAAAAACGCGAUGAAGAGGACGGAGACAGCAGUGAUGAAGAUGAAGAGCGGGAUUUGGAGGAAGAGGAGAGCCUGAGAGGAGCGUUUACUGAUCUCCUGGUGGGGGACGGUGGGAUUGAUGGUGAAGGUGUUUCUCGGGAAAUGUCCAGAAACGUGUCUCCUUCUGUUCUGAACGGCCUGCUGAUGGACAGUGAGGAUGAUGAUGAGGAAGAGGAGAAAGACCAUGAGAUGGAGGAACAGGACAAUAUCGCUCCAGAAGACCUGCACUACAUCUUUGACAGGAUGAUCUUCACUGGAGGAAAGCCUCCAACAGUCGUGUGCAGCAUCUGCAAGCGGGACGGACACCUUAAAGACAAAUGUCCUGAGGACUUCAAGAAGAUUGAGCUGAAACCUCUGCCGCCCAUGACUGAGCUCUUCAGAGAAAUCCUGGACUGUCUCUGUGUUCUCUGCUACCGUGAGCUGUCACCGACUCUGAUCGAGCAGCAGAAGAGAGAGCAGAUUCUGGCCAGUCUGGAGCGCUUCAUUAGAAAAGAGUACAACGAUAAGGCCCAGCUGUGUCUGUUUGGUUCCUCUAAGAAUGGUUUUGGUUUUCGUGACAGUGAUCUGGACAUCUGUAUGACACUGGAGGGCCACGACACUGCAGAGAAGCUGAACUGUAAGGAGAUCAUUGAGGGCUUAGCUAAAGUGCUGAAGAAACACACAGGUUUAAGGAAUAUCUUGCCUAUCACAACUGCUAAAGUGCCUAUAGUGAAGUUUGAACAUAGACAGAGCGGACUGGAGGGAGACAUCAGCCUCUACAACACACUGGCCCAGCACAACACCCGGAUGCUGGCCACGUAUGCUGCUAUAGAUCCUCGCGUGCAGUAUCUGGGCUACACUAUGAAAGUAUUUGCCAAGCGCUGUGAUAUUGGCGAUGCCUCCAGAGGGAGUCUCUCUUCUUAUGCUUACAUCCUCAUGGUGCUGUAUUUCCUCCAGCAGAGACAACCACCAGUCAUCCCGGUCUUACAAGAGAUUUUUGAUGGAAACACGACUCCUCAGAGGAUGGUGGACGGCUGGAACGCUUUCUUCUUCGAUGACCUCGAUGAGUUGCGGCGGCGUCUCCCAGAGCUCCAUCAGAAUAGAGAGACAGUCGGGGAGCUUUGGCUGGGCCUGCUGCGCUUUUACACCGAAGAGUUUGAUUUUAAAGAGCACGUGAUCUCCAUCCGACAGCACAAGCGCCUCACCACCUUCGAGAAGCAGUGGACGUCCAAAUGCAUCGCAAUCGAAGAUCCCUUUGACUUGAAUCACAAUCUUGGUGCUGGUGUUUCUCGCAAAAUGACCAACUUCAUCAUGAAGGCCUUCAUCAACGGCAGGAAGCUUUUCGGCACCCCGUUUUACCCUCAGCCUGGAACAGAGGCCGAUUACUUCUUUGACUCAAAGGUGCUGACUGACGGUGAACUGGCUCCUAAUGACCGCUGCUGCCGGAUCUGUGGGAAGAUUGGUCACUACAUGAAGGACUGUCCCAAGAGACGCAGAAUGAAGAAGAAAGAGAACGAGCGUGAGGAGGAGGUCAGAGAGGAGGACCGCGAGCCCAGAGAAAGACGAUGUUUUCAAUGUGGUGACAUGGGACACGUCAGGCGGGACUGUCCCGACUAUAAACACCUCCGGCAGAGAGCAGCACCCGGACCUGUUCCUCAUAUGGUGCGGGCGAUGGCGAGCUCUCAGUCCAUCCCCAUUCCUCAAGCUGCUUCAGUCCAGGAGCGAGUUGGACGGAACAGGCAACCCUCUGAAUGUUCAGAUACGCGUCAGACUCCUCCAUAUUCUCCUCAAGCGUCUCCGUACAGCCAGACGUCCGUGUCUCCGCAGAACACCAAACCUUCGUCAUCAUCAUCCUCCUCCACCAAACCCUCCCAGCCACCACAGGUUCCCCAAGUGCAGCUGCCCCUCUUCAGCUUCCCUCACUCUCACCCGGGCCAGUAUCACGCGGGUCUGUCAGCACUGGGUCUCCUACCUGCUCAGCCGCCGCUUGCCUCGGGCUCCUGGCCCAUCCACGGCCCCCUCGUCCAGCCAACCGCCUCACAGCACUCCAAAUUCACCGUCCAGGGUGGAGGAGGUGGCAGUGGAGGAGGGCAGGCGGUCAAUCUGAAUGAUCCCAGUAUUAUUUUUGCUCAGCCGGCGGCGGCGGCAGGACGGGUGGCAGUGGGCAGAGAAAGAGGGCACCCUUGGCACAAUCACCAUCUGGGUCCAGGGCCACUAGUGGGUAAUGGCACCGUGAAUAAGACAGAUCCUAAUUUCCCAUCUCAGUUUGGUGGUGUGAAUCCGGGCUCUCGAUCCUGGGAUCACGGUGGUCCUGCUCAAUAUUCCCUUUCUCCAUCCUUCAUGCCCUACCGGCUGCCUCCAUACCUGCAGCAGCCCAACAAACCCUUCAUCUCACAAGGUUCUGUGGUGGCAAAUCAACAUUACCCUCUUAUUCAACAUGGUCGACAUGGCAAUCUCAACUACAUUCAGCAGAAGAAAUGACACUUUACUUUAUAAACCAAUGCCCAAGGUCCUUAGAGGAAAAAAAGACUAACUUUGCAUCGUUUGGUCAUUUGGAAACUUUUUAAAAUGAAUUUUAUCAUUUUUGUACAGUUUUUAAUGUGUUCUUUUCCUUUUAUUUCUGUGUGUAUCAUCACAAUGAUUUUGUGAUACAAAAUGUCAAAUAUUUUAAUACCCCUAUUUUUCGAGGGGUCCAAAAAAGUGUUUUUAUUUUACAUGUAAAAUAAGGAUUUAAAUUGUAUUCACUUUAUUUUUAUUAGCCGUAUUCCUAUUUUGCUUGCGUAAGGACAAAGGCUUUAGAUAGGAAAAUCCAACAUAACAACCUGAUAAGACAAUUAUGUAGUGCCAAAAAAAAACUUCCAUAUAGCAAACCAAGAAAACAGUCAAAAAAAGAGCAGAAAAAAACUAGAAAAGACCAAAAAAAAAAUAAAGAAAAAGCAAACCAA